GUUCCCUUCAGAUUUAUCUGAUUCUAUAUCACAUCCUUACAAACGAUGCGUUUCUACUUCGUCCUCCCGGUUGUUGCUGCUUUGACAGCGUCAAUAUCUGCUAGUCCCAUUGACGGCCGCAACGACGCUGACACCAGCAACGCUGACACCAGCGAUGCUUGUCGCCUCUAUUGCAACUGGGAUCCCUGCUGCAGGGAACAAAAAUGCAUCUUGUCAGGCGCUGUGAGUACAAGUGGCUAUGUGAGUACGACUAGUUCGCGUCCUGGAUUUAACCGUGACUCACCGGCAUGCUAGUACAUCUGGAUAUGUGUGGAAAAAGUGGUUUCUUGCCGAGUUGAUCAAUGCGCAUGCUUCUGAACAAAUUUCACUGCCGCUCGAGCGAUGGAUAUCUUGGAAUAGAGUGUGUCUCAAACAAGUACUUGGAUACAUAGCAUAUGACUGAACUACUUGCAAUGCAGUUUUGUAGUCUCGUUGCAAGCUUGAACCUAGAAGUCCUCAUGACAGUGUCAGGUGGGUACGAUCAUAGACAGCACGCUGAAACUGAUACACUCAUAGCUA